AUUCUACAUGACUUGGGUAACUUCAAAUAUCUGAACCAGAAAAAAACCAUCAUAACGGAGCAAAUGUAGCCUAUAACAGUUGAUGGCGUAACUCUCUAUAAUUUUGUAAGGCUUUUAUUUUGAAAGGGAGGGUCAACCGGAAGAGCUUCUCAGUGAAAUUUAUGGGUGAUCAUGCAUGCGUUUGCAGGUGAAACAUCAAACAGUGGACUGUCGUUGUGAGCGGUGCAUAUCAAAUAAAGUGAAGAGAGCGUGGACGUGCAAGUCCACAGGCUACGCGCAGACAUGCUUCUUAUCUACUCAUGCGUUCCUGGCCCGCAUACGGGUGAAACAAACAUCUGAAAGGGACUUGAGAUUGGUUGAGGAGAGAGACGUUUUCCAAGACACGUCGAGUACAAAGUCUACCGUUCUGUGGAUGCUUCAGUAACUCACUUUUUUCGAACUGCGAACCCUGUCGUCCACGUGAAAAUGUCCCGACAGAGUUCCAUGGUGGCCGCCAUGGCCACCGUGUUUGGAGCCACGCUGGGAGGCCUGAUCCUCUGGCGGACCUUCCUCACCCAGAGAAAAAAGCUCACACAGGGCCCAUCUCCACCACCACUGGCCCUUUUGGCAACGCCACAAAAGCAACCGCUGCAAGAUAGGGCGCCUAAGCAGCUAUCACAGAGUGAGAAGCAACAACAACCAACACCACCACAACAGCAGCAGCUAAAAGAGCAAAAGCAAGAACCAGAGGAGCAGCAUCAUUCAGCAGCACAACCCCAAGAGUCGCCCCAAGUGGCGGUUCCGGGGACCCCAGAGCUGCUCUCUCCUCCUCCUUCUCUGGCCUCACCUCCUCCCGCAUCGCUACCCUCUACAAAGUGUCUUCUGGGGGUGACGCCGGUGGUGGUGAGCUCAGCCGAGGAGUGGGACAGCCUGUGGCCCUCGCUGCAGCAGGACCUGGCCGUCUACCCCGUCCUGGGGCUGGACUGCGAAUGGGUGUCCAUGAAGGGCAAGCCCUGCCCGGUCUCCCUGCUGCAGCUGGCCACCUACACGGGCCAGUGUGCCCUGAUCCGACUGCACCUGCUGCUGCGGCCUGCUGCGGAGGAGGAGGAGGAGUCCUCCCUUCAUACCCCGGGCCCUACCCCGGGGCCCCUGCCGCUGCCGCUGGCCCUGCCCUCCACACUGGCGGAGCUCCUGAGCGACCUGCACGUGCUGAAGGUGGGCGUGGGCUGCUACGAGGACGGCAAGCGCCUGGCGCAUGACCAUGGCUUGGUGCUGCGCCGCACCGUCGACCUGCGCUUCCUGGCCAUGAGGCUCAGCAGGCACGUGCCACUAACCAAUGGCCUAAGCCUGAAGUCGCUGGCCUCAGACCUGCUCGACAUCUCCCUGGACAAGUCCCUCCACCUGCGCUGCAGCGACUGGGAAGCCGAGGAGCUGAGCCCGGAGCAGGUGAGCUAUGCAGCACACGACGCCCAGGUGUCUGUGGUGCUCUUUUUCCACCUGCUGGCCUCCAGCUCCGGCUCCACCCCUACCACCCCCAGCCCAAGCGGCGCCCCAGACAGCCCUGUCGAGCCCAGCCCGUCCCCCAGCGAGGCGGGGAGUGCCUACUCCCAGCUGGCCUCUCGAUGCCAGGGGCUCCUGGACGUGCCAUUCCGGGGCCGCAGUACCACAGGGAGCCAGGAGGGGGAGCGCAAGAGGCAAAGCAUCAGCAGUAGCUGCAAUAGGCCGAAGCUGCUGCUCCCCAGCUGCAUGGACAGCCCCGACAGCCCUGACCAGCGGAUGACCGACCCACGCAAGAAUAAAAGGAAACCGCUGGGUGCAGGCUACUCCGCUCGCAGGUCCCCCCUGUAUGACAAUUGCUUUCUCCACGCCCCUGAUGGACAGCCGCUGUGCACAUGUGACCGCAAGAAGGCCCAGUGGUACAUUGACAAAGGCAUCGGAGUUCUGAAGAGUGAAGAGCCGUUCGUGGUGCGUCUGCUGUUUGAGCCUUCGGGGCGCCCCGAGACUCAGCAAGACUACUACCUCACGGCCAAGCAGAACCUCUGUGUGGUGUGUGGAAAAGCCGACUCUUACAUCAGGAAGAAGAUCGUGCCUCACGAGUACCGGCGCUACUUCCCGGCGGAGAUCAAGGACCACAACUGCCACGACAUCCUGCUGCUGUGCACUGCCUGCCAUGCCGUCUCCUGCACCUACGACGGCCAGCUCAAGCAGGAGCUGGCGCAGGAGCACGGCGCCCCCCAGGGCUGCGAGGAGGGCGUGCGCCUCCUAGAGGACCCCGAGAGGCGGCGCGUGCGCUCGGCCGCCAGGGCUCUGCUCACGGCCCGCGACGGCCUGCCAGACGCCCGCCGCCAGGAGCUGCUGGACCAGAUCAGCAUCUACAUGCAGCAGCAGGAAGGGGAGGAGUUUGACACGGUCACCCAGGAGAUCAUCCAGAAGGCUGCCAACCUGGAGACCAGGAUCUUCAACGAGGACUACGUGCCUCACGGCCUGAAGGUGGUGACGGCGUUCGCCAAGCGCGGCCUGCGCGGCCUGAUGGAGCUGGAGGUCCUGUGGCGCCAGCACUUCCUGCGCAGCAUGCAGCCGCGCCACCUGCCGCCGCUCUGGUCGGUCAGCCACAACCACGACAAGUACCUGCGCAAGUACGGCGAGGACCUGGCCAUCGAGCUCAGCAACACCAACACCUCCACCUGCUCGGGCUCCUCGCAGCCUGCCUCGCCCUGCACGCCCCCGCCUGAGGUGCAUUGAGGAGGACCAGGACACGCUGCUGUGGACCUGCCGACUACGCCACACAAACACCUCUUUGGGUUUGUGUGUGUGUGUGUGUAUGUGUGUGUUCAUCAGUGUCCGCGUGCGUGUGUGAGAGACACUAGAAAACAUCAUCAAGCUCCCUCACCACCACCUCCUCCUCAUUCACCUCCUACCUACCUACGCCACCUCCUCCUCCACCUCCCUAUUCGCUCCUCCCCCUGUGUGGUCUCCUAGGGACCAGGGGGGCGGGGUAUGGGGAGGAGUUCAGACCCCAUGGUUGGUUGGUUGGUUGGUUGGUUGGUUGGGUGGGUGGUGCUGCUGCAUUUGAAGGUACUUGACAUGGACAAUAAUGAGUUGAGUGAUGAUUGCACCGACUGACUGCAAGAUCAGACACUUUAGAACAAAAGGAUCAUCCUCAUGGUUGAGCAUAUCCAAUGGACCUCGAUGAAUACUUGGAGGCGAAAGAAACACUCGCUUAAAAGGACAAUGCUUUGCAGGGGGUAAAAAAAAAAGAGAGCGAUUGUGGAAAACAUAUGAAUUUCCUUUUUUGUACUAUAUAGGAAAAAAACACCUGUUGCAAGUUAAGCAAUCUAUUUUAAAAAGCCAUAAGCUUGCGCUUAUAUGUAUUUAACUUUAAAUUAUUAAAAUCCAUGCAGGCUUAUGGCCCUAAAACCUUAUAUUUACCUAAAUAUCAUCAAAUGGCAGGUUAUCUGCAGCACAGCUUGGUAGAGUCCAAAUAUGUUUUUUUAUUAUUAUUAUUUGUCUCUGAAGCUGUUGUGAAGAGGAACAGAGACGCAAAGGCAAUGUCUUACGUCUCUUCGUAGAUUCGUUUGGUUUUGUACUAUGAAUGAAUUCGUGUCUCGAGAUCUUUACUGGACAAGGAUUGUGUAUGUGUGUUUGAGUGUGUGGCCUUUCAAGGGGGGGGGGGGGGGGUGGUUGGAACUGAAGUCAUGAUGACGUCGUAGGUCAUGAUGGAAGUUUGUUUGUUGAUCUGUCUUGAGCCAUGGUCCCCCUGCCUGCGCUGCGCUGCAGCAAGAAGGGACAUCAUAUCCUUGAGCCAUAUGUGAGCGACUAGACUACUAUUUUAGACCUUCUCUGCCUCAGCACAGGACGAAUGGGGACAAGUGCUGUAUACUGUCUGUAUUAACCACUACUACUACUACUACUGCUGCUGCAGGACUAUUUGGCCCUCCCCAAAACCCCCCUUAUUGUUUCCUUUCCCGAAUAGCAUUGGGACAACUGCAAGUGGUGCCAACACUGUAUUUGUGUGCGUGCGUAUGUGAAUGAGAGAUUGGUGUGUGUGUGUGGAGUGUGUCAAGACGGUAUUUGUGUGCGUGCGUGCGUAUGUGAGAGAGAUUGGUGUGUGUGUGUGUGGGGCGUGUGUCAAGACAGUAUUUGUGUGUAUGUGCGUGUAUGAGGGAUUGUUUUGUUUGUGUGAAUGGGUAAACACUACAGCUUCAUCAUUUGGAUUGAGGAUGGUGUCAGUGCCAGGCCAGAGGGGCCGUGACGUGACGUGACGGGAUGUGACGAUGUGAUCGUGACGUUCUUCCGUGAUGUGACGUGACGUGACGGGAUGUGACGACGUGAUCGUGACGUUCUUCAGUGACGUGACGUGACGGGAUGUGACGACGUGAUCGUGACGUUCUUCCGUGACGUGACGUGACGGGAUGUGACGAUGUGAUCGUGACGUUCUUCCGUGACGUGACGGGAUGUGACGACGUGAUCGUGACGUUCUUCAGUGACGUGACGUGACGGGAUGUGACGACGUGAUCGUGACGUUCUUCCGUGACGUGACGGGAUGUGACGACGUGAUCGUGACGUUCUUCCAUGACGUGACGUGAUGUGACGGCCCCUCAGGCCUCCGCUAGGGAGACCCGCAGCUUUUCAUUUUAUAUUUACAUUCAUCCAGAUGUAAGUCCCCACAAAAAAGCUGACCUGUUUCCUGAGCUGUGUUGCACAUUAAAAAAAUAUAUCAAAUAAAUCACAUUUGUACACUUAAAUGA